AUGAAGUUCACCAUGAAGACGCUGUUCCGGCGCAGCAAGAAGGAGAAGUCGCCCGAGAAGUCCUUCAACUACGAUCGCGACCCCCGCUACUCGUCCGCGGCUGCCAGCCAGCCCUACGGCGCGCACAAGAACAGUUACAGCCAUGAUGCCGGCUACCACUACCAGAACGGCCUCGGCGCCGGCGUGCCGCACGACGGCAUCUUUGCGCCCUGGCUCCAGCUGCCCACCCCGAUCCUCCAGCGCGUCUUCACCUUUGUGUGCCCGCACACGCAGGACGAGAGCUACGAGACGUGCGAGCAGAGCGCGCUCGAGGAUGCCUGCAUGCUAUGUGAUCUGAGGGACAUCUCCCACGCGGGUAUGGCGUGCAAGCAAUGGAGGAAGGCGGCGGUUCCCAUCAUGUACCACAGCAUACGCAUCGACGCAGUCCAUUACUGUGAGCGCGAGAUCUACCUUUCCGACAAGCGCAAGCGCAAGACUCGGUUCGAUCGGAACGGCGUGCCAGAGGAUACUGCGGGCGCGCGCCUUCAACUGCUGUGCCGGACCCUCCGCGAAGACCCGACCCGACUGGGUAAGAUGGUGCAGUACUUCAAGACGCCGUACAUGCUCAGGGAGUCCAAGACGUCUGACUUGGCCCGGACAAUCGCCGUUCUGCCCAAUCUCAAGUACCUCGAUCUUCCUGACGGUGUAUUUGUCGACGACCCCUCGUAUGCCACGCUCAAACUCGAGGUGCAAGCUCGAUGUCCCGACCUUCGGAAGAUGUCGUAUAACGGUGGCAGCGAGCGAAGCCUGGAGGCGCUGGCCACCGGUACGGUGUGGACCAGGCUGGAGGUGCUGGAGCUGGGCAGAAUUAGCAUGGAUCCUCAGAUCCUACGCCACGUACUAUCGACCAUGCAAAAUCUACGAGCCCUCAAAGUUGCGGAGAGCAGGGUGGUAGACGAUGAUAUCUUCAAACACAACGACAUGCUGCCCGCUGUCCCAGCGCUUGAGGAGCUCAUUCUCAAGGAGACUCCACGGGUCACAUCCGGCGGACUGGUGGCAUAUCUCUCGCGACGCGACGUUCAGACCCGACUCAAGGUUCUUUCGCUACACGACACCGGCGUGCACCCUCAGGCUCUUCAGGACGUCCUCGCGAAUGCUCUUAACUUACAGGCCUUGUCCAUGAUCGACGAAGUGGAUGCGCCUUUCCCAUUGAAUCAUACCUUUCCUCCACUAUCAAACUUCUCCCUUCGGACUCUGCGCUAUGAGAUCACGGCCGCACCCUCAGCGAGCCCCUAUGCAAGCCUGACACAGGGAUACUAUAACUACCUGGCCCAGUCUCUCUUUGCAAGCGGCUUUCCGCAAUUGACGGAUCUGUAUGUUCGGGAUGAAAACUUCCCGGAUCUCUUGCUCGGACUUCCACCGCCUGCGCCCGGCUUCGGAGGCAGCCCCCAACGUCCUAUGAGCUCGGGUUCCAUGCGCAUGUUCUCCAUGGGCAACAGCCCGAGCUUGAGUCCGACUAACUCAGGCGGGCAUUCCCCCAACGGUGGGGCAUUUUCACCGCCUGGUAAUGGGUUCGGCGCCCAGUCAAGAUUCAGCAGCAACAAUCCCUUCGCCCAACCUCAACGCAAUUUGGGCGCCGCGGGCAACGGAUUGGGACCUCAGAUGCUGACUCUCAACCAGCCCUUGGCCGUGUAUACCAAGGGCGAGGAUGAUAACGAUUGGGGCAUCGUGAAGAUGGACCCUUACGACAAUCCAGGCUACGCCGGAGGGCGCGGUGUGGGACAAGGCCCUCGGCAUGGACGGAGCAGCAGUACGGUUUCCAACAACCGCCCCUUGAGCAGCUAUGGCCUCGCGGACGUAGGUGCAGGAUGGCGAGAAGGGGCGCAUGGUGCUCGCAAGAGUAUCAUGAUAGGAAACGGCACCGGUGGUUUUCUAGCUGUACCAGACUCCGCCGGUGACGCUGGUGGUUUCGGAAGGAGGGGAAGUGCGCCAGGCCCGGGCGGAUUCAGUGAUGAGUGGCCUAGGCCUAUGAGCAGUCGCGGUGCGAAGGAAGAUCGGGAUCUGUGGCGGUAA